CUGGAACAAACGGGCGUGAUGGCUGCAGUGGCAGAAGAGGAAAGUGAAACCCAGCUGUGCAGCAACUGCAAAAAGGACAUUCCUGUGGCAAACUUCACCAUCCACGAGAUCCACUGCUGUAGGAACAUUGGGGUUUGCCAUUUCUGCCAAGAGUCGGUCCCUAAGUCAGAAAUGAAGAACCACAUGGAACUGGAGCACACCCAGGUUACCUGUAAAUGCAGCAUGAAAAUGGAAAGAGGCGACCUACCGGAGCAUGAGGCCUCGGCUUGCCCUUUGCGGCCUGUGGCCUGCCAGCACUGCGACCUGGAGCUUGCGUUCCACAAGUUGCAGGACCACGUGGACUACUGCGGCACCCGGACGGAGCAGUGCAGCAGAUGCAGCCGCAACGUGAUGCUGAAAGACCUGAAGGAGCACCCCGAGGACUGUGGGAAGAAGGCUGAAGAAGGCCAACUCGGCCAGCCGAAGCCCUGCUUGAACUCUGAGGUGUCUUUACGGAACGUCCAGACGAUCAGAAACAUCCUCAAUUCAGAUGGCUCUCUGGGGCCCCUGCCGAGGGUGAACAGACUCCCGGAGAGCAGGCUUUACAAUUGUCUUUCGAGCCAGCAGUUUCCCAGGAAUCUUCCCAGGAGGAAUGUCGAUCUGCUGCAGCCAGAUGGAAAUCAGGGUCACCUAGGGAAGGUGGACAAUGCCUUGGCCUUUGGUGGCAGAGAACCUGACUGCCAGUUGGAUUACCUCUUGGCUCUGAGCUUGCAGCGCGACAACCUCACGCACGACCGCAGCGCGACAGAAUUCCAGAGGGAGUUCUGGAAGAACAUCUGCCCCGCAAGAACAAGCGCCACAGGCAAUUCCGUUGAAGCCAGCAACCUCAAUAUCUUCUCUCAGGAUUUGUUGGGGUCGGUGAACACUUCCAACAAGUCAAAAGUUGCAACUCUGCUGCCCUGUGAAUUCUGUGAGGAGCUGUACCCGGAGGAAGAUCUAAUCCUUCAUCAGACGGGGUGCAGCCCAGCGAAUGCUUUGGCUUCCUUCAGCAAGAGGAGCUCCUCCCUCCCUCGGCCGGAUCAGGACGAGCGUCUUACAGACUUGUGGGAGCAGCUGCAGAGGAAUCAGUCCCGGGGCAGGGAGAGGUGCCCUCUGCAGCCUGACUCCGGGGGCAGCAUCAUGAUCCCCUGCGAGUUCUGUGGAGUCCAGCUGGAAGAAGAGAUCCUCUUCCACCACCAGGACCAGUGUGACCUGCGUCCAGGCACGGGGAGAUCCCUCUCCCAGCCGGGGCCCCCAGCCACAGGAGACUCGGAGAAAACGGAGUCACCAGACCCGCCGAGGAGACGCAUCCGCCAUCAAGGGGAAGUCUCACCUCAGUACCUCGAGGAGUUCGGGCAGCAGAGGCCUCCCCAGCCCGUUCGGGGGAGCCACUUGCGGGGCAACCCAGCAGCUGCCAGGCGCAUCCAGCUGAAUUCUCCCAGCAACAGGAGAGAGACUGAAAUCGGCCCUUUGGAGCGAGGGAGAGUCAAGGACCAGGGAGGUGGCGACAGAGGAGAGAGAGCACAGCGCUGGGGCCAGAGUGACAGGAAGGCAGAGGUCCGGGGCCCCGUGCCGGCAAGGCAUUCCCCUCACAACGUUCCUCCCAGCAGUUACGUGCCGAGUUUCCCCGUUACAGUUCCAACGCGGCCCAGGCUGAGAAGCGAAGGCGGUACGAGUCCCACCGGGCCUGCUCAAUACAGCAGCAGCAGCGGCACGGCAAAACCAUGGCAGACUGAAUCGGCCUACCCUGACAAAGAAGAAUAG